AUGUCACUUAAAGACGCGUUCGCUAAAGGGACUUGCUACGACAGAAAAAGCAAACGGUGGAUCGAGAUUACAAACUCGAUCACUAACCACAUUGCCAAAGACAUGGUCCCGCUUAUUACAGUCGAAAAAGACGGUUUUAAGCAGAUGAUAAAGAUGCUGGAUCCCAGGUAUGAAAUGCCGAGCAGAAAGUACUUUAGCCAAGUUGCUAUGCCCAACUUGUACCAAAAGCACAGAGCUAAGCUCGAAACAGACCUGGCAACCGUCCACCACUUCGCAGCAACGACUGAUAUGUGGUCCAGUCGCACUAUGGAGCCUUAUCUGAGCCUUACAGUUCACUUUAUAAGUGAAGAAUGGGUGUUGCAAAGUCAUUGUUUGCAGACAAGCAACUUUCCUAAUGACCAUACUGGAGAGUUUCUUGCAGCAGGCCUGAAAGAGGCAUUUGAUUCCUGGGGACUUUCGGAGCAGAAGCUAGUGGCCAUCACUACAGACAGUGGAGCCAACAUCAAGAAGGCUAUUGAACUGAACAAUUGGACAAGACUCCAGUGCUUUGGUCACAGGCUUCAUCUAGCCAUAGAGACAGCUAUGAAAGAUGACCGCAUACAACGUGCAGUAGGUGUCUGCAAAAGAAUUGUGUCAGCCUUCUCAUACUCUUGGAAGAAAAAGAGGGACCUGGCUAUUGUUCAGAACGAUCUGGGUCUUCCAAAGCAUGUGCUCACAACUGAGAUGCCUACAAGGUGGGGAUCACGUCAAAUGAUGAUUAAAAGAGUACUUGAGCAAGAGAGGGCCAUUAGUCAGGUUCUAAAAGCUGACAAGAAAGCAGAGCCUGUUCCUCCUCCUGAGGAAAAAAGAAAAAAGACUUUGGCCAGCUUUUUCAAAAGGCAGAGCACCACCAGCAACAGCACACUCGCAGUGCCAGACGACCAAAGCAUCAGAAUGGAGCUGACAGUCUAUUUACAGACCACAGAGGUUGACAGUGAUACAGAUCCUUUAGACUGGUGGAGAUGUCAUUAG